AUGGAGACUGAAUUUAUGUGCAAGACUGAUGUGAGAGGCUUUGUGUGCCUGGUGGAGGGUCCCUGUUCCGCCUGGCCCAGUGGGCGGGUGCCUCGGCUGAGGCCAGGACGGGCAGUGCGCGGGGGCUGUGGGGGUGCCGCAGCGCAUCGACUGCCACCCCCAGCGGGCGCUUCCCAGGAGGCCUGCGAGGCGCGGGGCUGCACCCGGUGCGCCACCCACGUGGCCAACGCUCCCUGGUGCUUCUUCCCCGAGGACAGUCCCUACGCCUACUCCCUGGGCGGGAACACCGAGAAGACAGCCAAGGGCCGGAGGAUAACGCUGAACAGGCGCCAGGCCUUUUCCCUCUUUGGAAAUGACAUUUCCCUGGUUGUCUGGGAAGUGGAGUUCCAGACAAGGGACAGACUCCGGUUCAGGCUCUACAACCCCAACAGGCAGCGGUUUGAAGUCCCACUCAAGAUCGACUCCCCAGGAGUUGCGGCCGAUGAGGCCAGCUAUGACGUGGAGUUCACGGAUGACUCCUCGCACUUCAGGAUCAAGAGGAAAAGCACCAGCACAGUGCUGUGGGACAGUCCCCUGGUUGAUCUGUUUUUCUCCCACCAGUAUCUUCAGAUCACAACUACUGUGCCAUCCACUUCGGUGUAUGGGUUUGGUGAACAUGAGCACCUGUCCUUCAAACACAGCAUGGACUUCGUUACUUAUGCCAUACCUAAUGUGCUGUUUAUGUUUCAGUCAUUUGCCAACCUCUAUGGAGUUCACCCUUUCUAUAUGUGUGUAGAAGCCGACUCCAAUGCCCAUGGUGUUCUCCUUCUGAACUCCAAUGCACAAGAUGUUUCUCUGAGUCCAAAUCCAUCCCUAACUUUCCGCACUAUUGGGGGGAUCCUUGACUUCUAUGACUUUCUUGGACCAACUCCCGAAAAUGUAAUUCAGCAAUACACAGAGGCCAUUGGACGCCCACACAUGCCUGCCUACUGGUCUCUGGGAUUUCAUCUCUCCCGAUGGGGUUAUGGCAGCGUUGAUGUUUUAAAGAAAACUGUCGAUCGCAUGCGCUACUAUGAUAUCCCAUAUGAUGUCCAACAUCUUGAUAUCGACUACAUGGAACGUCGCCUGGACUUUACCUAUGAUAAAGUGAAUUUUGCAGGUCUGCCAGACUACCUCCAACAGCUGAAGAAGGAAGGAAUGCACAAUGUCGUGAUUCUGGACUCUUUCAUAACUAAGGAUGAAGAACCGGGCACUUACAGGCCUUAUGAUCUCGGAGAGGAAAUGGGAGUCUGGGUGAACAACUCAGAUGGUGUAACUCCUGCUGUUGGAAAGGCCUGGCCCCCCCGAGACUUGGUGUUUCCUGACUACACCAUCCCCAGGACAGUUGAGUGGUGGACCCAGAUGUGUCUGGAGUUUAAGGAUGUCCUUGAUUACGAUGGGAUCUGGAUUGAUAUGAAUGAACGGUCUAAUUUCUUAAGAGGCCAGUAUCCUGGAUGUGCUGUUAAUGAUAUCAAUAACCCUCCAUACGUCCCUACCAUUUCUGAUCAUUCCCUGGCACAAAAGACAUUGUGUCCUGACUCCAAGACUUACCUUGGAGAGCAUUAUAACACACACUCUCUCUUCGGCUGGUCACAGACAGCACCAACUUUCCAUGUUGCCCAGCAGGCAACUGGAAAGCGAGCAUUUGUUUUGAGUCGGUCUACAUUUGUUGGCUGUGGGAAGCAUGGGGGUCACUGGCUGGGUGACAACUUCUCUCAGUGGAAGGACAUGCACCAGUCAAUCAUUGAAAUCCUGGAAUUCAACCUCUUUGGCAUCCCCUACAUCGGUGCUGAUGUCUGUGGGUUUAACUAUAACACUACCUAUGAACUCUGCUUGUGCUGGAUGCAGCUUGGCUCCUUCUAUCCAUUUUCCAGAAACUACAAUGCAGAGGGAAAUACUGAACAAGACCCAGUGGUGUUUGGAGAAGAGUUUGCCAAGAUAUCUCGUGCUACGCUUCAGAUCAGAUACUCACUGCUGCCAUACUUAUACACCUUGUUAUUCGAGUCUCAUGUUCAUGGAAACACGGUGGUGCGGUCACUGAUGCAUGAAUUUACCUCUGAUCAGCAGACUCACGGAAUAGAUACUGCCUUCCUUUGGGGACCGGCUUUUAUGAUUGCUCCAGUUCUUCAAGAGGGUGAUAAACUGCCAAGUACGUGGAACAAGAACUAUGCUGCUGUGGCUGCCCCGCUGAGCAAGAUCCCUCUGUUCAUCUGUGGAGGCUACCUCCUGCCAGAACAGGCACCAGCCACGACCACUACUAAGAGCCGUCUGAAUCCAUUUGGGCUCGUUAUAGCCCUGGAUGAGCAAGGAGAAGCUUCUGGGUCUUUAUUCUGGGAUGAUGGUGAUUCAAUUGAUGCUGUUGAAAAGGAGAACUACUUCUUGGCUAAAUAUACAUACAGCAAAGGAAACCUGAAGACAGAAAUACUCAAAAAUGGCUACCGAGGAGUUGACACUCUGAAGUACAACAAAAUUGUGAUUCUUGGCCUGACACUGAAACCUCAUGCUGUUGCUCUGAAUGGAAGAGCCAUGUGUGGAGAUGCUUUCUCUUAUGAGCUGAAUGGG